UCAUAUGACAGUGACAAUUAUAUAAUCCCGCAUCAAGUUGUUUUGAAUUCAUUUAUAAAAAAAUAAAAAACAAGAACAAUUGUAAUUUUACGAGGGAUUUCGACAAAUUUUGUUUCUUAAAUAGAAAAAAAAUAAGAAAUAAUUUCUGCAUCGAUUAUGGAUACGUUAAAAGAAGUUUUCAAUCGAUACGAAAAUAUUAUGGACCAGGAAAUUGUGGGGGUUCAACUUGGUUGUUAUUCAGUGGCUCUAAUAGGUCUCAGUGCAGCAAUUCGUAAAGUUAGACCAUUCAGCAGAUUCAAAAAACCCCAAGAUAUACCUAAUAGGUUUAUAGCAGAAAGAAGAGAACUGGCAGGUUAUGUAAAAAGAAUAGAUCCUAAUGGAGCACUUUUAAUGGUUGAACAUAAGCCAUUGAUCUCGCUUCCUAUAGUUCCUAGAGGAGAGCUUCCAGUAAAAAUAUUGGGGGUUGAAGUAACUGGUUUAGGAAUGAGUUGGUUACAAACUGUUGUUGUCAAUUCAGAAGUUACAUUUAUUCCAGUCAAAAAAGAGAAAGAAUUCAUUCAUUGUAAAGUUCUCCUUCCUAACAUAAAACCAAUGGUUGGGAAAACUGCAACAAGAAAGAAGGAAAGUAAGAUUAUCAAAAUGUUAUCAAAAAGGAAUGAAAGUCCUUAUUUAAAUGUUGGUGAAAAUUUAGUAAGGAUAGGAUUUGCCAGAUUAACAACUUCAGAUCCAUCUAUUUUCAAAGGAGCAGAAGACUAUUGUAAAUCAUUGCAUUCUGCUGAACUAUAUGCUUUGAAGAAAAAAUUAGGAAUGAAAUACUACUGGAUUCCAGUUAAGGAUAUCUUGAAUGCUUUACUUUUAAAGUUAACAAAUUAUGGAAAGGAGCUUAUGGCCAAGGUUGUCCUUAAUGUUCGAAGUAUUCCAGCUAAACUUACUCCUGCAUAGCAAUUAUUAAUUUAUCAAGUCGUUGUUAUUUGUCUUCAAUUCAUAGCAGCAUUCAGAAUCGGUCGAUACUUUUAUACUUUAGAAUUUGAGAGGAAGGAUUUUGAAUGGAAAAGGAGAUCCCAUCAGCAUCCACUUUUUGAUAUUGAUUGAAUAUUUUUUGGUUUUUAGCACUGGUUAAGAUUAUAGUAAAAUGAAAACCUAUUAUGACGAAUAUGGAUAGAAUUUAUUGAGAUAAUGCAAGAGUCUAGACCUCGUUUUUCACAUGAAGAUUAACAAAAGUGUUUAUUUCGAAAUUUUGUUAUGUUUUCUUAGUUUAUACCCAUGAAUUUUUUUGCUCCAUUGGAAGUCAUAAGUAAUGUAGUUGGCACUGAUUCAAGGUGCUGUGAUGAUUAUUUUUGCCAUAUUGCAUCAUGAACUGAAGUUCAAGCCAAGAUUUGUUCUGUUAACAUGACUGAUAUUGUACUUAGUCUAUUCCAAUAGUUCUGUUAUGUAAUUUCAAUUAUAUGAAGAUGUUAAAAAUAAGUUCAAUUCAGCCUUGUUGAAAUGAAUUGUAUAAAGUGAAUUUUUGGAAUUUAGUAUGGCUUAGAGUACCUAUAUUUUUUCAAUAAAUUUAUUUUCUAAA